AUGAGAGCUUUCGUUAUCUUUGCUAUUAUCGCUUGCGUCUUCGCUGCUCGUGAAGGUGUUUUGAUUUGCAACCUUUGCAAGGACACAGUCGACAUGCUCGAGAAGUUGCUUGUUGUUGAUGGAGCUGAUGCCGUCAGACAAUACAUCACCGAACUCUGUGAUGGCGUUUCUGGAUUCCUUGGAACUCUUUGCACUUCAUUCUUGAACUUCGGUGUUGACGAAAUCAUCAAGAUGAUCGAAAACAAUGUCGACAAGGUCACCAUUUGCCAGAACCUCGGAGCUUGCUAA